AUGUCUACUGAUCAGACGAAUCCGUUGGACCCUGCCAAUGUAUUAAACAUACUUGAAGAUAGUCUACCAAGACCGCAAACCGAGGAAACCUUAACUGAUACCUCAGCUUCUGAGAAUGUCAUUCUUAGGUCAGGUCUUGACGCAUUAGCGGUGUUAUUUCACUCUAUUAUGCUCGCAGUUGACUUCCGGUUUGUUGGACUGGGCGAGGAGGGAACUUUAGAAACACAAGAUACAACAGCGAUAAGACCACUUCCAAAGGAAUGGAAUGCCAAAGGCCCAGAUUCCUACGCAUUCAGAUAUAAGCAUACACAAUCCUCACUUACUUUCUUAGUGAAAGGGAUGCGAUUAUCAAAUAAAUUUCUAAUACAUGGAAUGGGUAUAGAGGAUAACAAAACCUUCACAAUGGAGAUAGUGACAGAUCAUUAUACAUCACCGUCAUUUUUUCCCUACGCUACACAAUCUUUGGAGCCUCUCAUAAAUGGAUUUUUAUCGCAGAGCCGAUUAAAAGACUUGAUUACCCUUUACAAGAUUAAUAUUAUUCAAAAUUUGCUCCCCAAUCUAAAUAAACCUGGAUACGAAGAAUCCACACCAACAUCUUCUGCCCAAGCUGGACCAAGAUCACCAAAUCGGCAGCCCGAAGUUGAUCCUUUACGUAUACGACCAUCUGUUCCUUUCCAUUCACCAUACAGAAUGAACGACCCUUCAAGAUUUGAAAACCCCUUUAGCGUCGGACGAGACGAUCUAGAUCCACUUGGCUCUAAUCCUAUAAUUGGACCGCCCAGAUUCGGCAGCGGUUAUGGUCUUCCACCUUUAGGUGGUCCUAGUCGAGGUGGUGGUAUGUACGUUGGACCAGAUCACCCUAUCUUUGAUUCAAGGAGAUUUGAGGGCGAUAGAAUACCUCCUGAUGGUCCAUCAAUUCUUCCACGAGGUGCUGUUCCACCUGGUGCAAGGUUUGAUCAAAUUUUACCAUUUGGACCUGGUCCUCGAGGUCGUGGCGGUGUAGGACGUGGUGGAGGACGUGGUGGAAGUGGAAUUUUUAGUGGUGAACCGGAUUUUGAUGAGAUACCUCCACCAGGUUAUAACGAUAUGUUUAUGUGA